UAUACCCUGUGCUCGGUACAUGAGCAGCGCAUGUACCUGGUCAAGAGAUGAUGGGGAGGACGGAGGCGGCGUCAAGCUGGUUGUCCUUUCACACAACUGAGAUGUACAAACUGAGGCCGGUGUUUUCAGCUCCACAGAAAAGGCUAAAUGACGGGCCCUGGACUCUUAGUGUCCUUUGGUCUUGAUAUUUUCCACCAUAGGGCCAACAUCAGAAUGAGAUGGAAUGAGGUUCUGGGAACUGAACUGAGAUCUUCAGGCUUGCACAGACUUUCUCAACUCAGCUCUCUCCCCAGCUCCCGAUGCAUUCCAUCAAAUUCCCUUUGGAGACCCAAGAAAACCUUUGCAGUGCGAGAUGAUUCGUUACAGAAGAUUGCAGCCACAGCUAGCAAAGCACCUUUCCUUUAAGGUGGGUGUGUUUUUCCUGUGGGGCACUGUCAUAGGCAGGACCAGGAUGGUCCCUGGCUUCAUCCUGCUGUGAUUCAGCCUGCCUGGGGCAUGUGCUCAGCCUCUGAGCCCUCUUGAAAAGGAAUGGGAAAUGAGGACAAAGGGCAUUGUGGGUAGAGCCGGCUUUGGCUUGCUAAUGCAUUAAAAAUGCGGGAUGGUUCUGCACCGAGGUUAGCUGUCCCUCCGAUCUCUCCGAGGUUAUUUUUGUGUAUCCCCACUCUACCCCACACAAUGUGGAGAGGGCAGCUCAACCUGCCUGCUCCCCUGGUCCCUCAGCCUGCCCCCUCCCAGGUGUCAGCUGUCAUAUACUGCAGCCCCAGGCAGCUGCAGGGUAACACCGGGUGACUUGUAAAAAUACACGAUACAGAAAACCACACACAAAAGGCAGUAUAGAAAUAUGCACAGGGCUCCCUAAACUUCGUGGUUAUUUAAAGCUGCUGGGCUUUCUAAUUGACACUGGCCUUCCUGACAGCCUGAACACCGGGGCAGCACGCCCCUGUUCCAGCCUUUCUUCUGAUGGGAAAGGGAAGGAACAGCUGGUGUAGUCACUGGUGGCCUCGGGAGGAACAAGUGACAAUGAGCACCCUGUCACCCCGGCCAAUUGUGCAAGUGACAUCAUGGACAAGGGUGGUGUCAAGGGAGGCAUCUCUUCUGGAGUGACCGUUUGACUGUUGUUUUCUACUCCAUGAAGGCUUGACAAGGUUGCACUACAAAAACCCUUGGACCCCGAGCUGAGGAGGUCAAUCAAGACCUUUGCAGCAGGCCGGCUGGGUUUCACUGCAUGGUUCCAAGGAACAAGCUGCCAUCUUGUAAAGAGCUGCCUCUGUUGUUCGGUGAGGAGUACAUUUGUGUUCAAGAAGUCCUCCCUCAGAGUCAGGCCCUCCGCCCUCUGCUUGGGGAGGACCAUUGCUCACAGAGGUCUCAGCCCCAGGCAGCUGCCAGCUCACCAUCCUAAUGGAGGACACGGGGGAGGGAGGGCUUGUGUGUGUGUGUGUGUGUGUGUGUGUGUGCACCCGCUGAAAGACAGACUGCUUCUGACUUUGAAAUAAGCAGCAGGGUUCCUGAACAGAACUUGGGUUAGCAAUAAUCAACUAUAUUUAACACCCCUGGUCACAUAGCAGUAAAAAUGUGGGUGGUGGCCCUGACACCCGGUGGGGUGCGCUAGGUCAGCCAGCCAGAGCUGUGGCACGCUCUACCAGCCCAUCCGGCCGGAAACCCUGCAUCUCAAAAACACUUGCCCUGGCUCAGGGCAGCGAAUGGCAGCGCCCACAGCUAGGCGCAAGCUCUCCUGCUCGCCUCCCCUUGGGUGCUGGUCUGAGAGCCCUCCUGCCGUGGUUGGGAGCCUGGUCCUCAGCGUGGCGAUGCUGGAAGGCAGAACCUCUCAGAGGUCGGACUGCAAGUUCUGAGGCCAUGGCUGUCUGCAUGGCAGAGACCUCAGCACCCUGUCUGUCUGCACGAUCCCACGGUGGCCGCCUUCUGUGCGGGGAUGCGGCCAAAGAAGGCCCGCAGCAGAACCUGCACACAGGGCGUGGACGGUCAGCACCUCAACUUGCCAACUGUGAACCCACAAAACCUCUUUUCUUCAUAAAUUGUCACCAUCAGGGAUUGUACCAGAGCCACGAACCCCAGAUCCAGACACUUCCCUGAGCUGGUGAGAUGGCUCAGCUGCUGAAGGCCUGUGCUAUGCGGGCCCAGUGGCCAGGUUAGAGCCCUGGGGCCCACGUGGAAGGUGUAAAGAGAGGAGUGUCUCCACUAGCUGGCUCUCCGACCACCACCCACACUGUGGUACCCACCACACACAGUAAUAACGCGCUGAAACCCGGGCUGGUUGAGGCCGGGUUGUAGGACAACAGCUGUUCACCUUCAGGCACUUACAGUCGGAGGGGAGAAAGCCGCAGACUCACGGCACGACAGCCCGUUCCUGCUGCCCACCGACACCCUCUCCCCCUGGAAUUGUCUGGCCUCCAUUAUGACGGCCUAGGAGGGACUGUGCCGGGAGACCCGGUCCAUGGCCAGCCACAAGCCCAGGUGACCACCCGAAGCAGCCAUUUGUUUUUGCCUGAGUGACAGUGACUUGGAACAAGGCUGAAGCUUGCGCACCCCGGAGACACACGGAGACCGGACACCUAGGUCACUGUGUCCGGUUCCCACUGCUGACGCUACAGCUCGGGUCCGCCCCGGGUGGUGCCGGAAGUCCCUAACAAUCACUGCUUUCGCUCAAGCCCCCUCAGCGGAGGCUGGAUGUUUCCGCUGGAUGAGGACCUGAGUGAGGAGGGGUGGGCCGGGAAGCUGAAGAGAAGAGGCCCACAGAGCUGAGCUGUGGGAGAGACUUAUCAAGAGCAACGCGGAGCAGCUCCUGGGGGGCGCACGCCCGCCACUCGGAGCCGGACGUGGGAGGAGUAAGCAGAGGCCUGUGGAGGACGGAGACGCUGUGAGGUCUGAACAAGCUCCCUUCCCUGGAAGCCGUGAUGGCACUCAGCUCCCUGCGUUCGUGGAUCAUUUCUUCCCCGAGGGAGGGCACCUGAGGGCGGGGCAAGGGUGAAGGAGGCCGAGACAGGUUAUGGUGAGAUGGGGAAACACGGGGAUGUGAAUAAAUGCAGGGAAGGCACCAGGACAGUGGUCGGAGGGCCUGAGGUCCUCAGCUGCAAGAGGCCGGGGCUGGAAUCCAGACCAGGGGCGGAGCCGGAAGAAUGCGGGACGCCCCGGCUCACGCCAGGACGAGAGGAGGCAGCUAGAGGAAGCACGGUGGUCCCAACCCCUCGUCCUCCGCCCAUCCUCAGCUUCCCGCGCUGGGAGCCAGGAUGCGGGGGCGGCUCUGCCUGCUUCCCUCUGCUGGCACGUCGAGGAAACUGCAGGUCCGCUGCUGCGCGGUCCUCCAAGCUCCACCCUAAGUGCCCCAGCGGAGUGCAAGUGCGCAAGGACCGCUGCGUCCCCCCGCUCAAGGAGCCGAGGCCCAGGAAGGAGAAGGAACCGCUCUGCGUCUUAAAGCACGUUAGUGGGCUCGAGUCCGCUCCACCCACGGCCGCCCGAGGUGCUCGGCGGCCUCGGAGAGCGCCCCCUUGUGUUCAUCCGCGGGCGUCGCAGAAACUCGUCCGCCUCAGCCCGCGCCGGACUCCGCAGCUGUCUCCCUCCCAAAGGCGGUGGAGUCCCGAGAACUUGAGCCCAGGAGUUUACAGGGAACUGCCUGCAACCGGACGUAAUCAUAUUAAGCAAACUGAUUCAGUCUCAGGAAUGGAAAUACGGCAUUUCCCCCUGUGGGUUCUAGAUGUUAUAUUGAUGCAUAAAAUCACACAAACAGAUGAUGUGGAAACAGAAACCUCGCUCUCCGGGCCUAGGGGCCCAAAAGGGGACUGGUGCAAAGAGGAGGGGCUGGACAAGGGAGAGAAGCGGGACACAGCGACAGGAUGUGCUCACAUCGCGUACUUUCACGAAGAUGGCAACAUAGCAAACAAACACGACUCGCCAUUAACAGAAAGCUGCGGAGGCUCAGGAGCCACAGAACACUGCGGUGCAGGACACACAGACUGAUGCUCAGGUCACACUGAGGCCCAAAAUGUCCACAGAAAUUGUGCCUCUGGUCAGUUUUGGCCACUUGACACCAAGCAGAGUCACCUGGGAAGAGAGAAAUUGCUGAGGGAUGGCCUCCAUCAGAGGCCAUAGCCCUUGGCUUGUCUGUGGGAGGGCCCAGCCCACUGUGGGCGGUGCUAUCCCUAUGGAGACAAGCCUGGGCUGUGUGAAAAACAGCUGAGCAAGCCCAAGGCGCAGGCCAGUAAGCAGUCCCUCCGUGGCCCCUGCUUCGGUUCCUGCCUCCAGGCUCCUGCCCAGAGCUCCUGGCUUCCUUUGAUGAUAUAUGUUACCUGGAGUUGUAAGAGGUGAUAAAAAACAUUUUCUUUUCGUCUCAAGUUAAUUUUGGCCAGUGUUUUAUAGCAACAUCGGGAAGCAAGCUAGGACCUCAGCUUUCUGGUUCUUCCGCAGGAAACAGGUGUGUGUUUACAUCGCAGAUGGCGGCAUCACCUGUGCCGCCUGUUUCAGGGUGCUGGCCACGCCAUGAGAAGUGGCUCUGGAGGAACUCAACAAAGCCAGCUGGAUUCCUCCCUGCCCUGUUCCCAGAGCACUCCUGCUGCUCUGUCUUCUGACCUUUGGGUGACAUUUCCAGCCUCACCUGACCUAUGACCCCUGUUCUGAGUUGUGCUUUCUGAGUGGUUUGCCUGCAACCAUAUGGAAACCCCUGCUGCAAAGUUUCCACGGUUCGUCACAGCUUCCAGAAUUUCUCCCGGAGCUCAGACCACAGUUGCUCGGGGUCGGUAGUUUAAUAGUGUUUCCAUUCUCUCUUCCCUUCCUUCCCUCCUCUUUCCUUCUUCCUUUCCCUUUCCUUUCCUUCCCACCUUCCUUUCUCACUGUUCCCAGGAGAAGGAGAGAGUCUUCCAGGCUUUGCCUUCCUGGGGUUCCAUGGCCACCUAAGCCUGGCUGUCACCAUUGCAGCAGGGGGGCGGGGGGCAGGACACUUCCAUGUGGGUCCUCACAGCGGCAGCAUUUAGUUUUCUAUCAAGGCGAUGUGUUUCUCCGCAGCUAAGUGAUUCCAGCACAAAAUGAAAUGAAAUAAAAUGAAGCCACGUUAAAAUGAGGAGUUUAAUUCCUGAGGAGGAGGAAAGGCUGUGCCGGUGUUUCCACGUGAAUGCCCUCUGGUGGGGAUUUACCAUCCAGCGGUGAGAAUCUGCUUUCUGCUGGAGUUUGGCAAUGGCGAGCCUUUGGCUGAUCAAAGCCUGCGAAUUACUAAGGCGUCUCCUUCUGACUAAGUUGGAAGUGUGACCCUGUAAGAACAGCUCAGAGUGUUCCCUCCUCUGCCCCUUGCCCUGUCUGCUGCUGGCCACGGUUCCUGCAAACCAGCGGCUGGCAGAGGUGUGGCCUCUGCUCUCUGCGCUGUGUGGUCUGAGGUGGCUGCUCUGGGGACGAGGCCUGGUUUUCUGUAGAGUUAAAAUGACACCUCCUUGGGGUCUCACCCUGUGAGGCUGUAGGUGUUUCUCUGAGCAUUAGUUCACCUGCCAUCUCCCCGACCCCAAGUCUUAGAGUCGCAGAGGAACAGGGCCAGUGCCACGUAUCCAGUAGGUACCCUUGAUGCCUCAGCCCGAGGCGGCUCUGUGGGCGCCAGAAGGAACCCAGGCAGAGAUGGCCAAUUCGGACUCCAUCCUGCAGCAAGAGCUGUUACAGCAUAGGAGAUAUAGGACUCACCUGACCAGCCAAAACAGCAGCGCAGGCUCACUUUGAUUUGAGCCUGCCGAGACAGACACAGCAAAGCCACGGUGCCUGCUUUCGAAUAAGAACACGUUUGCAGACGCUGGCAUGCCCUCUGUUGAAAACAGUGUGGGGUGGAGGGGAGCCCCUCGGCCUACAAGAAAGAAGCUGGAAGCAGGAAGUCAGCGAGUCCCAGCUGAGUUUGGAGUCUCCAAAAGCUCUAUGGUGGUUCAUACCCAUCUCAGUUCAAGGUCCAACGCCCUCUGACCCCUGCAUGCACAGGGCAGGACAGCGGUGCACAUACAUACACGCAGGCAAGACCCAUAAAACAGUACACAUUUAAUAAAAAA